GCAAUCAAAGUGGUGACCGCGAGACUCCUCUCGGGGAAGACGCGACAUACGUAAAAUGUGCUCCUCCGUCUGUAUACCGAGGAGAAAGAAGAGGGAGCAAAGUGGGGUGGACCGAUCGUGGUAGAAGCCGAAGAAGAGUUUCGGGGAAGGAGCAGAACCGUACGAACCUUCUUCGUGGCCGCAGUAGCGGAUCUACAUCAGCUUGGUGCGCAACCGUUUUAACAUUACGACACAUACGAACCGUACGCGUAAUUUCUUUGGUCGACGGGUGUUGAAGAGGGAAGAGCGAACGAGCGAAUUUUCCGAGCCGAAAAGGAGAACGAACAAAUAGGAAAGAUGGUUUACGAGAGCGACUUCUACACAACUCGACGGCCCUAUACACGGCCCCUCGUCUCGUCCUACAGCGUCACGGAUCGACCGAUUACCCUACCGAUCUCCACGAUUCUUCAGUUGAGGAGCAUUCCUCGCAUGCCAUACGUGGCUCACAAACGGCUCGUGACUGUAAUCCACACGCCGUACCAUACCGUGUACCAUGGCGGCAGCCUGUUACCGAUAAGAGUACACACGCCGUACCAUACCGUGUACCAUGGCGGCAGCCUGAUACCGAUAAGAGUACACGCGCGCGUACGUCCCAGCGUCCUCGCAGCUGAGCUCAGCAGGAUACGGAACCUGGUCAGGCCCUCCACCGAAUCCUACACGGAACGAUACCUUCAGUCCAAGGAUCAUAUCUACUUCGACGACGAGGCGAGGGAAAUACGUGCGAGAGUGGAUUCCCUUCUGCGACGAGUUCACGUCUUCGUUCCACGAGCUGUAGCAAGCGACUUCCUGGAAGAGAUCGUGCCGGAACGCAUGCGUAGCGGGGAUUACGUUCGUCGACUAAUUUCCGGCAAGAGCAACGCAAAGAAAGUUUGGGUAGAUCCGGUAUCGUGGUACGAGGUACCGGACCGUGGUAACUUCGGUAAUCUGGCUUGCGUGAAAUAUGUCGCCGGCAAGCCACAAUCGGUCAGGAAACCCUACUUCAAGGUUGCCGAUCUACGUCCGUCGGACAUCAAAACCGACGUCAAUUUUCUGAGUUACUACAGCAAGAACCGCGAGGCGGCCGCUAACGCCUUGCCAGAUCUUCCGAUGACAGAAAGAGAAUUACGCAAGGCGCGAGCGUUGCAACCUGAUUUGGACGAGUCGAAGCCAGUAAAAGUGGUUAAAAUAGAAAGGGAAGCGGAAUCGAAGCCGGAAAAGAAGCGUGGAUCUAGACGGGAAAAAGCGGAAACGGAACGAAAGGAAGAAGCUGUUAAGGCUCCAGAACCUGUGAAAGAAGCUCAACCUAUACCGGAGCCUGUUAAGGAACCUGAACCGGUACCGGAAGUCGCGGAAGAACCUGAACCCGUGAAAGAACCCGAACUUCCGAAAGAAUCUAAACCUGUGAAAAAGGCUAAACCUGUGAAAGAAUCCAAAGCUGUAAAAGAAUCUAAGCCCGUGAAAGAACCAGAGCCUGUUAAAGAACCCGAACCAGAACCUGUUAAACAACCCGAGCCUGAAUCUGUUAAAGAACCCGUUGAAGAACCUGAACCUGUCAAAGAACCCGAACCAGAACCCGCGACAGAAGCUGUGAAACCGUCAGAACCGGAAGUAAAGCUAGAGCCAGAAAAUGUGCCAGAACCUGUUAAAGAACCGCAGCCAGUUACGGAAACUGUACAAGGGUCACAGGCAGAAGCAGUUCGAGAACCUACACCGGAAGCAAGCGCAGAACCUCAAGCUACGGAUGCUGUAAGUGAAUCGGAGGGAACAGACAAAAAGGAGGCAACGGACAAAGAUGUGAAACACGACAAAGAGGAGUCGGUGAAAAGAAUAGAGCAGUACCUUAUUAAGGCCGCCGAGGAGGCAAGGAGCGACGAAGAGAGGAGACAGGCUGCGGAGGAAGAAAGGGUGAAGCUCGAAGUGGAAGAGUUGAAGGCGUGGGAAGCUUUGGAGGCAGCGCAGGAACGGGCAGCUCAUAUCGAUGAGAUACUUGAACAGGAAAAAGCCGAAGCCGAGAGGCAAGCCGAGGAGGCGAAAGUCGAAGCUCAACGAUUGGAAACGGAGAGAAUACUCGAGGAGGAAAGGAAAUUAGAAGAAGCUAAGACAACGGCGUUGCUGCAAGAACAGGAGCGAAUGAUCAUCGAGGAACAACUGGAGAAGGAUCGUGAGAAAGAAUUGAAAGAAGAGAGGCUAGCGAACGUUACGUUCGAAAAUGUAGACGAGGUGAAAGACAUCGAUCGUUCGGUUAUAUCCUGCGAUUUCACCGAUCAGGAUAGAGAAGAAAGGCCGUACGAUCCGGUGACAGACGACGACACGAGGAUCGAGGAAGAAAUGAUACAAGAGGAGGAGCAGUACGACAUGACGGAGGAUCCUUUCGUGGAGGAACCACUAGGAGCGGAGAGCAAACCGGAAUGCGGCGCGAAUGCUGUCGAAGAAUCGCCACAAAUUGAACAAGUGACAUCCGGCGGAGAAGAGAGUUUCGAAUGGGGCGACGGAGAGGCCUAAAGCUUCACAGAAAUUCUGUUACAUGCUAUAAUUGUCGCGUCCCAGACUAUUGUCGUUGCACCUCAUUAAGUCGCGCGCAUAGCAGAAGGAUGAACAUUUGCCAAUUAUGAGUGUCGUUGAACGUGGUUCGGUUUAAAUUGCUUUCGAUCCUUCUUCUCUUUUCAUUAUUCAUUACUCUCUAUCUUUUAUUAACUCGCACCCAUGCAUAGGAUUUCUUGGCAAGAUAAGUUUGGGCAACCACCUAUGGUAUUAAAAGUAACGCUGUGAAUGGACUUUCUAUUGUUACGCGUGUAUUCGAUCAUCGUAUUAAUCGUUCGUACGUUCUUUUCUACCGGGAGAGAUUGUAUCGUUGAACGCAAGCAAACGAAGAUGUGCCUCGGGAAAUUCGAAGAAGAUAACAGGCAGACGAACAGAUUGUACGUUGUUAUAUUUAUUUCGUGUAAUUUAUCUCGUUACACGUCAGGUUCCAACAUUUCGUUUAAUCGAUAUAUCAGAGAAUACUUUACCGAGUCUUACGUAUCGUAUAAAAGAAAUUAUUAAUUGCACAAGCGGUCGUGUUGGAAACGGAAGUCUAACGGCUACGCGAAACAAAGUGAUCUGCAAUGUACCGAAAGGUAUCUUUUCUUUCUUUUCUUUCGCUCUGCUCUUCAGCAAAGCACUUUCACGCCUGUAGCACGCACUAUAUGUAUAUUCAUGUAAUACGUAAUUUUGUCUACACUUCUAC